GGGACAUUGACCUCCUCGGUAACAGAACUCCUCUCUCAUUUGUAAGCAAAGAGAUUGACAGGAUGAAGAUUGAUAUUCAUAAUCAUAUUUUACCAAAGGAAUGGCCCGAUUUAAAACAGAGGUAUGGAUAUGGUGGCUUUGUCCAACUUUACCAUCACUGUCAGGGUGAAGCAAAGAUGAUGAGAGAUGGGAAGCUGUUUCGAGUGAUCCAGGAAAACUGCUGGGAUCCAAACGCACGGAUACAGGACAUGGAUAAACAUGGUGUCACAGUUCAAGCCCUUUCUACCGUUCCUGUUAUGUUUAGUUACUGGGCCAAACCCCACGAUACCCUGGACCUCUGCAUGCUCCUGAAUGACAAUUUGGCUCGGACGGUGCAAAGCCACCCAAGGAGGUUUGUGGGUCUGGGCACGGUGCCUCUACAGGCCCCUGACCUGGCCGUGUUGGAGAUGAGGCGCUGCGUGGAGGAGCUGGGGUUUCCUGGGGUGCAGAUUGGCUCCCAUGUCAACGACUGGAACCUCAGUGCCCUGGAACUUUACCCCUUCUAUGCUGCGGCUGAGAAGCUGAACUGCUCCAUAUUUGUCCACCCGUGGGACAUGCAGACAGAUGGAAGGAUGGCUAAGUAUUGGCUGCCCUGGCUGGUUGGCAUGCCCUCAGAGACGACCACAGCUAUUUGCUCAAUGAUCUUUGGAGGUGUCUUCGAGAAAUUUCCCAAGCUGAAGGUCUGCUUUGGCCAUGGAGGUGGCUCUUUCCCGUUCACAAUCGGAAGAAUUGAGCAUGGCUACAACGUCCGACCUGACCUGUGUGCUGUGGACAACAAAAUGAACCCACGGAAAUACCUCGGCUCCUUCUACACAGAUUCUCUGGUCCAUGACCCCAUCGCCCUCAAGCUGCUCGUCAAUGUUAUUGGAAAAGAUAAAGUGAUGCUGGGGACAGACUAUCCAUUCCCGCUGGGUGAGCUCCAGCCUGGAUCGCUGAUCGACUCAAUGGAUGAAUUUGAUGGGGCCAUGAAGGAUAAACUGCUUGCUGGGAAUGCGCUGGAGUUCCUGGGCCUAACAAGAGAGCAAUAUGAGUAACAAUAAAAUGAGAUAAAUAACUAUGCCAAAGGAAAAUGUGCAAAUUCAUUAGUUACAGAGAAAUGUGUUAGGAUUACCCUUUACAGUGUCGUUUGUAGAUGACAGUUCAAGCUCAACUUUGUCAUGUGUAUUAGAAUACAAUGACAUUCUUGUGCUCUGGCUUUCUCUGCCUUAAAACAAAAAAGGCACACUAUCCCCCCCAAAAAACCCUGCAGGCCUACAUAGACUAUGUACACAGAAUUCAUACAUUACACACAAUAUAGAAAAGUACACGAUAACACAACGAUGUAAGGUGCAUAUGGGUGGGUUAGCUGUUCAGCAACCUGACUGCCUGUGGAAAGAAACUAUUACCGAGAUGGGUGGUGUGUGAUUUGAUGCUCCAGCAAUGUUUCUUUUAGAUGGAAGGAGCUAGAAAAGAACAUAGGGUGGCUGGUGUUCUUAAUGAUGUUUUGAGAUUUCCUUUUGCAGCGAGUGGUGUAAAUAUUAUGAAGUUGUGGUAGCUCCAUGCCAAUGAUUUUUGCUGCUGUCUUUAUAGUCCUUUGCAGCAGACGUCAGUCCUGAGCAUUCAGGUUGCCAAACCACAUUGUGAUACAGUCUGUCAAGACCCUCUCCAUGCUACUGCCAUAAAAGUUAUUUUUACUCAUAUGAAAUGGUUGGUACAAUUGUAUUAAAAGCACAGCUGUAAUCAAUAAACAACA